AUGUCUUUUCUGAGACUUCAGAUUUCUCUUCGGUUCAUGCCCCAAUGCAAAAAGCCGGUACCUUUGGUCCUGCAGGGCCAUACCAAUCGCGACCUCGAACCCGUCGGCCAACUACCACAGGAGUCUCCUUUACAUUUUCUCGUCGUCCGCCCCUCCAAAGGUCCUCGAGCCAAUCGGGGUUCUCAGCUUGAUAUUCAAACCUAUCCGACGUCUGGUGACAGAGAACCAGGCGUAGUUGAUAGUGCAUUGAGUUUGCGCUCUUCGGACAUAGACGAGGGUGAAGACGAGCACCAUCACGAUGAUAUAGUAGAACACUUGGAUGUCAUAGACCCAGAAAUUGCGACGGUGUCGAAUUUGAUCAAUGCAGCAAAUGCAAUUCUAGUUCCACCUUCAGAGUUCUACUCUCGAAAACCAGUCAUAGUGCUAUCGUCACCAGACCAUCGUCGGAAAACCACAGAUACAGAAAAAGGGAAAGGAAAGGAAAGCGUGACGGAUUUUGACGACCCCUUGGAUCGUCAUGUAGAAGAUCUCCUAACUAGAAGAGCGAAAUUUCGUCGGAUCAUGAGAGGUGUUUGGUCAUUCCUUAAAACUCCCAUUGGGAUUUUAGUAGGCAUAUACGGGUUUUUAGUUGUUUUUUGGGGUGCUGGCCUGGUUGUCCUUCUAGCGAAAUGGAUCAACCUUCAUAAUGACAACACUCAAGGAUUUUGGAUUGAAGUGGCAUCUCAGAUUAUAGACGGACUAUUCUCGGUCACUGGAAUUGGUCUCAUCCCGUUUCGUGUGCUGGAUACAUAUAGGGUCUACAAAAUUUGGAAUUACAAGCGAAAGACGAGGAUUCUACGGGAAAAAGCAGGCCUACCACAGUUAUAUGAUCCUGAUGACCUUCCGGACCCCAUCUAUGACCCAAAUUAUGUUCAUGUCCUCACUGAGAAGCAACAACAAGAUCUGCACUAUCAGCAAGAAAGGUUUCGAGAAAGCCAAACCUGGUACCGUCCUCAUGGUACAGAAACUCAUAGGGCAUUCCCAAUCAACACUGCACUUCUGAUCUGUUUGUUUAUUGAUGGUAACUCCAUUUUUCAGAUCAUAUUAUGCGGCACGAUGUGGGGUAUGAAUCGUUUUCAGCGCCCCGCUUGGAGCACUGGAAUUUUAAUUCCUGCAUCCUUUCUGUGUGGUAUAGUUUCGGCUAUCUACAUAUGGAAAGGAGGCCAGCGGACGAAGCGGACGGAAGAAGUUGAGCAAACGCUACGCGAGGUGCUUGCUAUGGAGGGGUUGGGCACGCCCGCUUUACUAGAGUCCAAUCAAGCCUCGGGCACACUUCCAGGAUCCACAAUUGUCACUCAAAGAAAUGCCAAUGAUGAGUCGGUACACGAGGGAAGGAAAAGGGCUGAAGGAAACAUCACUAUAGACGAACAAAUGAACAUCCCAACUAUACCAGAGGCUUCAGAAUUGUGACCGUCUUACUUACUCUUCACUGAAUGAACAGUUCAAUAAGGACCAUGUACAUGAUUGUCCGGGUAUUCAUUGAUUUAAUAUCGUACUCAAACACUUACAUUUCGAGCUGGAUGCUACCUACGCUUAACAAUACAUGCAUCUUAUCAUUUAAAAUCAAACAGUAUUUAUGCA